UCCUUUCUCCGCCGCCUAGACGCCCCGUUACUGGGGUCCGCGCGUUUAGAUCACAUAAACCUCGAAGUGUGAACAUUAAACUGCUCUUAUGCUUCACUAUAAAACCACUCGGACGCUCCCAGUCAUGUCGGUCAGCUUCAAUUGUGCUGAGCUAACUAGCAGCGUUAGCUUCUCUGAUGCCUCACGAGCAGCGCCGCACGUAGCUUGGUUCUGGAGCUCUGAGUGCUUCUAUGAAGGCACAGUCUCUCAGAACCAUUCAGUCACAGUCACUCAUUCUGUUUGUGUCUUCGACAGGACAGGUCAGGUUAUACUCGGUGAUCCGGCUCCUACAAGGCUCUAUUUACGGUGUAUUCAAUGAACAAUGACCAUAGUUGACAGAUCUUCAGAAAAGUCUGACCACGAGUCAGUCGGGUGUAAGCAGUCACCCUUCACCAGUGGAGACGUGGGGAUGGACGGCAGCUGUUCCAGCAGCUGGGCAGUGGGUCCCACCAUGUCUAGUGACUCUCCAAGGCUGAAGGCUCCAGGAGGCUGCCUGGGCCCGACGCCCGGAGCUGCUGUCUACAACAGCACGCCUUCCUCUGUGGAGAGGCCUAAGGAGCAAGUGAUAAGCUGUGAUGAUGGCAUUGACUUGCCCCAGAAGGUGCUCUUCCCUCCAGAGCGGCUCCACCUAAAGUGGACCCAGGUUCACCGCAUCGGUGCAGGCCUGCAGAACAUGGGGAACACCUGCUUCCUCAACUCAGCCCUACAGUGUCUCACCUACACUCCUACGUUUGCAAACUUCAUGCUGACACGAGAGCACUCCAAAACAUGUCACGAGCCGGGGUUCUGUAUGAUGUGCACCAUGCAAAACCACAUCAUUCAGGUUUUUGCCAACUCUGGGAACGUCAUUAAGCCCAUCGGUGUGCUCAAUGAGCUCAAAAGAAUUGCAAAGCACUUCCGCUAUGGAAGCCAGGAGGAUGCACAUGAGUUCCUGCGGUACACAGUGGAUGCUAUGCAAAAGUCCUGCUUAGCUGGAACCAAAUUGGACAGGCAAACGCAGGCGACUACUUUCAUCCAUCAAGUAUUUGGCGGGCACCUUAGGUCCAGAGUGAAAUGUUUGAACUGCAAAGCAGUCUCUGAUACUUUUGACCCUUUUCUGGAUAUUACAUUGGAAAUUAAGACAGCUCUCAGCGUCUCCAAGGCUCUGGAGCAGUUUGUCAAGCCAGAGCAGCUGGACGGAGAAAACGCCUACAAAUGCACCAAGUGCAAAAAAAUGGUCACAGCCUCAAAGAGAUUCACCAUCCAUCGCAGCUCCAAUGUGCUCACCCUCUCACUCAAACGCUUUGCCAACUUUAGUGGAGGCAAAAUCACAAAGGAUGUGAAGUAUCCAGAGUACCUGGACCUGCGGCCCUUCAUGUCUCAGUCUCAGGGGGAGUCCCUGGUCUACGGGCUGUAUGCUGUACUGGUGCACUCCGGAUUCAGCUGUCAUGCUGGACACUACUACUGCUAUAUUAAGGCAAGCAAUGGACAGUGGUAUCAGAUGAACGACUCGUCUGUGUCUGUCAGUGACAUCAGGUCUGUUCUCAACCAGCAGGCCUACGUUCUUUUCUACAUCAAGUCCAGUGAUGUGAAAAAAACGGGGGAUUAUGGUCACAUGGGUCAUAACCCUGGAAUCCCUGGUCAGUCUUCUCCCCGCCCAGUGGUGAUACCACGCAUCAACACCAGUGUCCACCACAACAACAUUGGCUUUAUAGGGCCGCAGCUGCCACCACACAUGACAAAGAGCUCGCUUCAUGUCAAUGGGAAUGGAUCUGUGAGGGAUUAUCAUCACACCAACUCAAAGCCCAGCACCAGCAGCAGUGUUGUGGGAAAACCCAACCAUGGACUGGGCUCCUCAUCUUCAUCCAUCUCCCACUCCAUCAGCAGGCCCACAAUGAUCCCUGAUCACGACAAACGGCAGAAGCUUUCAUUCUUCAUCGGACAAGGAAAACAGAACCGCCCGUCCUCCUCUUCCUCAUCAUCCUCUUCCUCCUCCUCCUCUUACAGCCAACCGUCCUCUGCCAGCAGCAGCAGCGGCUCCUCCUCUUCCUCCUCCAGCUCUAUGUCCUCUUCACAGUCUACCUCAGACGUCCACUCAGACAUUCGCUUUGUUCCACGUCAGCUUAACCGCGUUAACGGCACGUCUUGCAGUAACGGGGAUCGGCACGCUGGAGGGAACGGAGCAGCGUUCUUGGUGCCGUACGGCCAAGAGUCCUCGGAGGAAUCUGACCAGGAGAACCCCGGCUCCCUGGAAAAUGGAUGUUUAGGAAAGUCUCACCUUAACGGAAACAAAAGAACAGGAGAAGUUUUUCAUAGUUCUCCUAAAGCAACAAACGGUGAGUCAGGAGUGCACCAUAAUGGUAACGGCUUAAACGGAUCAUCCUAUGACGUCUCCAAAUCCAGUCAAAACGGGCACCAUUAUGGACACCACAAAGUGAACGGACACAACAACCCUGACAAAAUCUCUGGCAGUUCAUCCUCUGUGGCUCCUGUUGCUGUGAAUGGACUAGACAGUGAUCACAGUCACACAAGCAAAGAGGCUCAUCACUCAGCCUCAUCCCAGGCCAGUUCUUCUCAGAGCAUCCACACUGCUACCAACGAAAGCCAGCUUCUCUCCACUCCUGACACAAGGGCUAAAAAUGUGUCUGAGCCCCCUCUUCAGCAUCCACCAUCCUCCACUGUCAGCUCUCCACCUUCGUCUUCAGCUACAAAGACCCCUCCUGCUCCAUCUACAGAAUCUGCGUCAUUCUCUGCCCAUAACGGCAACAUCAACGCGGCCUUGACCACCCUGCCAGACUGCUACCAAAGCACCAAUGGGCCCUCUGCGGCACCACCGCUGAAGGUUAGCAGCGGUGGGGAUGAAGCAAUGGAUCGACCACAGCUGAAUGGUCUGUCAGCAGGGACUGAUGGGCGUACAGAUGCUAAAGAGCAGCACCCGUACAAGCCCAGGUCUAGAGGUAAUGAAGGACAACCUUUGCGUGACAGGGAGAGGGACAGACUGUACUCUGACUGGAGCAGAGACAGGGAGAGACAUUACAGGGACAGAAGUUCAGAGCGAGACAGUGAUAGUCAUCGGUACAGGCGGGACUACAGAGAUCGCUCGUACAGAGACCGCUUGCCUCAUCCUGAUCGUUACUACAGAGACUGGGAGUCUGAGCGUCGCUGGGAGCGACAUCCUCACCACCCGAGGGAGCGAGAUCGUGACAGGUGCCCUAACCAUUACCACCGCUCCCACCACCGGUCCAGAGAGGACUGGGAGCGUGGGCGGAAAGGACACAGUUAUCCUCACCGUGACGAGUCUAAUGGACGCAGGAGGUGGCAGGAGGAGAGUCGUGAAUCCCGGACAAUGAAGGACAAGAACAACGGCCGAGAGAAAGACUCUUACCCGUCAAAAGAGAGAGAGACUUCUUCUUCUGCAGCGGCACCUGAAAACUCCUUAAAGUCAAACAGCUCCCCUCCUCGAGCUCGUCCGUCUACGUUUGAAUCCACCCCGAACAGGGAGGAUCAAAACUACAAGAGGAGCCGGAGCAAAGAGAGGGAGGACAGCUCUGAGGCCCGUCGCUCUAAAAAACACAAAAAAAGCAAGAAGAAGAAGAAGUCAAAGGAUAAAGAGCGACACCGUGAGAGCGGAAGCUCCGACGUUGAUUCCGAUAGAGCCACAGAAACAAAAAAGAAGAAAAAGAAAAAGAGGCGGCAGCGGGACAGCCCGGGAGCCGCUCGCAGCCACAAGAGCAGAAGCAGCGAGGAGAGGGAGAGCCGCAAGAGACAUUAUGAUGACACCAAGAACUCUAAACAUGACAACGGUUGCUCACCAGAAAAACGCCGACGUACCGACAACACUGACGACAGCGGUGAUCAUAAACUCCCUUCCCACCACACUUCACCCACAAACGGCUCAUGUCAUCACCAUCUCAACGGGUUUACAGGAAAUGGUUACAGCCAAACCAACGGAGACUCCCACGUCCUCUCCGGUGGCUUGAAGCACUGACUCUACCCAUCACCACCAUUUUAACAGCAGAGGAAUGACAUCAUCAACCUUCAAAGUGGUGCUUUAAAUGGGAAUAAAAUGUAUUUUUACUGCAACUGAAGUGUUUUUAAGAUUUAGCUUUUCUUUUGAAAGGCAUUGAUUUGUUCACCCCAAAUUCUUCUAAAAAUGGUUAAAAAAAACUGUCACAUUGUACAUUUAUGAUGAAAAAUAGUAAUAUAUACUUGUACGAACACAAACAAAGCCUGGAGCUUAGACAUCUCAGCUGCUGCUCAGUGGAACUCAGGACUUGAAAACUUAACAUCCAUCACCUAAAUCCACUAACCGCUUCGAAUCGGAAUGAGACUAAAGGGAAAGGAGUUGCCUGAGAGAAAAAACUGGCUUCAAGUGAAAGAUGUUACCAUAUCUGCAGAGGCGAAAUGUUUGGACUUUUUUUUCUUUGAUCCUAUUGGGACUGAACAAACCAACAGAGGGAGAUCUUAAUGAAUGAAACAGAUGAGGGCCGAUACCUCCACGUUAAACCCUGGACAGACUUGAGAACAUUUCCCUGCUUUUUAAACAUUUUAAGUUCCUAUUUUUCUCUGGAGCCUAAGAUUCACUCUCUGUAAUUUUUAAACGUUUUCACAGAGGUUUUUUCUCUGAAUCAUGCCUCGCUCUUUUCUCUCUCACAUUCUUUUUCUCAUUUUAAACAUAUAAAGAAAAAAUCGUUAUCAUGGCUGUGGACCAUUUUGUGUUUGCUUUUUAAUGAAAAAUACAGUUUGUGUCUUCGAGCGUCAUAAAAAAUACUGUGAAUUUAAUUUUGAACUGUACUAUCAGUUACUUUUCUAUGUCAAAAUCCUGUAUCAGGGUUCUCAGUAGUUUUGUUUUGCUCUGGUUUUAGAAACUCAUGUUAAUUUUGACCAUAUUUUCUGGGCGAAUGUCUGUUCUGAGUAUGGUUUGCAUUUUGAAUUUUUUUUCUUUUUUUUUUUUAACUUUGGACAGAAGUUAAAAACUGCUGUUUAUCUUUAGUUUAGCAUGUCAGAAUUUAUACAUUGUAUAAGGUAAAUGCCUUAAAAUACAUUUGUUAUGUCAGAUAUUGAAACUUGUUGGUCUUGGUCUUUGACUUUGUUUACAGGUUGUGUUGAAAUGAAUGAAAUGUGUGGACUGAGAUGACUGAAAAGGUGCAAGGGAACUCUGAAAAGAUCCUAUAUGCCUUUGUAUGAGCUAAUGAUUCACUGACUGUACUUGGGUCUCUGGAUGAACAAACACGGUUACUUGAUGGUGUAGGUAUUUUAAAUGAGGAUGGAAGCUGAUAGCACUCUCCUGUAUUAAGGUUUUGUUGAAUACACACUUUUCUAUCAACCUGAUCA